AUGGCUCGACCAAACCUCUGGGCCCUCACCCUCCUUGCUGGCCUCUCGGCCGCCAGAUACAUCGUCCCCGGCGGCAGGUGGCGCGACACGGAUGGUAACCUUGUCAAUGCCCAUGCUGGAUGUGUGACAAUCGACAAGGAUACCGGCAAGUUCUGGUUAUUCGGCGAGUACAAGGUUGAAGACCAGCCCGAAGGCGGGGGUGUUGCCGUCUACAGUUCAGAUGAUCUUGCAACGUGGGAGAGUCACGGCCUUGCGCUAACCCCUGUCCCGGAACAUCACUACAUCUCACCAUCCCACAUCAUCCAGCGGCCAAAGGUGGUUUACAGCGAGGUUACCAAUGAGUAUCACAUGUGGUGGCACGCGGAUAAUGGGACGUAUGGAUUGCUGCUUCAAGGGUUCGCCCAUUCUCCGAAUAUCUCGGGCCCCUACACCUUCGUGAGCGCCACCGCGCCGCUGGGCAACUGGUCGCAGGAUUUCGGCCUCUUUACCGACUACAAGGACGGAAGGUCGUAUGCACUGUAUUCCAAUGGGGACCGCAAGGAAGGCCGAGAUGUCUACCUGAGUUCCUACAACGAGGAUAAAACGGCGCUGGAGAAGGUGAUCCACCGUUUCGACAAGUAUGAUCUAGAGGCCCCCACCAUUGUUCAGACCGAGAAGAGCUACUACGCUCUCAUGAGCCACAAGACCGGCUACCGGCCCAACAACGUUGUGGCUUUCCGCGCCGAUUCUCUCACGGGGCCAUGGUCGCAGCCGUUUAUGGUGGCGCCGCUCAAUACCCGGACGUACAACUCGCAGUCGGGCUUCACGUUGACAAUCAAGGGAAAGAAGAAGACAACGCACCUGUACCUUGGCGACCAGUGGGAUUCCAACUCGCUCUGGGACAGCCGCUAUAUCUGGCUACCCAUGGAAAUUGACGACCACAAGAAGACACUCCAGUUGGUGUGGAACGACGUGUAUGAUUUGAAUGUGGAGACCGGCGAGUGGUCGCCCGUCAAGGGCAAGACGUACUUCGCGGCCGACGCUAAAACAUCUGGGGGCGCGUUCAAGCAGGAGGCCAACUUCGCUAGCAAGGGAGCUAUCGUCACGGGCAUUUACGGUAACGACAGCACCAUCACGUUCAGGGGAAUCGAGGGCACUGGGAAACCACAGUGGGUGUCAUUCUACUACCAGAACUCAGACGACAUGGGGUUCGGCGAUCAGCCCGGUGGCACGCCAGACCGGAUCGGCGGGAACUGGCAGCUACGCCGCAUUUCGAGUGUGGUGCUCAACGGCGACACGGAAAAGGUUGAGACGCUAUAUCAGAGGGAUACCCACAAAGGCAUCAUCCUAUCCACGCCGCUGCUGUUGCCGCUAGAGAAGGGGAAGCACAAUACGAUUACCGUGGGAGGGUUGUGGAAUGGAUUUGAUUAUAAGGGGGCUGACGUGGACAAAGUUGUGGUGUAUCCUGCAGAGAAAGAUCGCAAGGGGUGA